CAUAAAGGCCGAGGUGAUCAGAUUGUUAACAAAAUGUGAAACGCAUAUCUUUCCUCUUAUUUUUAUUCUUUUUGGUGUUUUCACAGUUGUCUCCCUUGAAUAGGGUGGAGGCGCUGUCAGAAAAGUUGCAGAAGAAAUUGGCAAGAGAAAAGUCAAUAUGAAGAGUCUGGUGUUACUUCUGUGUAGUGUGAUUGGUCUUUCACACUGUGUGUUGAUUGAAUGGACAGCUAAGGAUUAUCCUAACCCACAGGAUGAUCCAGAAGCUUGUGGUAGAUAUCCAGACAAGCCAUCAUAUGUAUGUGAUCCAAAUGGACUGAUCAGCAGAAAAGCAGCUGACUUUCUAGACCAUAUACUGCUGAAUCUUCAGAAUGACACCAAAUGUCCAUGCUCAACCUACUCCUGUGAGGGAAGACAGCAUAGCAAGGGAUAUAUUAUGGCUAUAGCUCUUGUCGAGAAAAUUUAUAAACCAGAAAAUGUACAGGAUACAGUUGAUGGCAGGAAAGGGCUGGUGAAUCAGUUUGCCUUUGAUUUACUGCGUAAACGUUGGAACACCUGGGACACUUGUGAUGAACUUAUCAUUAUUGCUUUCUCAAAGGAUGAUCGUAUAUUAACAACAGUGUCUGGCAAAACACCCCUGCGGGUGUUGACUGAUCCCAUCACAAAGGCCAUCCAAAUUGAAUUGGCAAGGUUCUUCAGAGACGAUGGUGGAAAUGUCGGCCAGGGUCUGCACUACCUAACCAUGAAUUACAGACGUGUGUUAGAUGGCUACAACUACUACCCGAUCAUGUACUCGGAUGUUGUUCCAGAUAGUGCCGCCAAUAUGAUCAAAGUCUCCAUCAUCACAAGCAUCAUCACUACAGUUCUACUCAAUAUAUUCUGUUAAUUAAUGUUUGCUCUUAUUGGGAAAAAAUCUUAACAUAUCUACAUGGCGCAUUUUACAAGAUUAAGUAUUUUAAAAAGUGAAGGAAAAAACAAGUAGAUUUCUUAAUGAUGAAAACUGAGUAGGAUGCAAAAUUGAGAUCAUCCUACAGAACUUAAUACUUGCAGGAAUAAUUUUAACAGCAUUCAGAUACAGUUCCUUUUUAUGUUCAAAGUACUGAGACUAAUUAGAUUUUGUUAAGUGAAAUGUCCCUUCAGGUUACAAAAGGCUUCUGUACAGUUGCUGUCUGAUGGUCACUGCUUUUUUGUAAGAGUGUUUUUCCCAAUUUUAUUGAUAUUACUUGAAGGUUUUCAUUUUAGAUAAUUUAGUUAAAGACAAGUGAAAGUUUAACCAAUGUUUGAUAAGUAAAGAUAAGUUUUUGUGAUUUUACCAGUAGUUUACAAAGGUAAGAACUUACGUAUGGAUGUCAUUUGAUUCUGAAAUUUCAAAAUUUGUUAUUAAGAUAUUGAUAUUGUUACUGAAAAAGUUCCUGUUUCUUUGAUUAAGUUGGGGUUUUGAUGUUGUUGUUUUUUUUCACUACAGUAAAUGAUGAAAAAAGCUAAUGACAUUUGACAAAUAUAAAUUUAUUUGACCUGCAUCAGAUCUGAUCUGUCAAGAGAAUCUCAAUGCUGUUUAUCUUGUAUUGAUCAGCUAAUUUUGUUGUUUUGAGAAUCAAAGCUUGUAUAGAACCAAGUGUGUGAUUUGUGAGUUAAAUCAAAUUAACACUUGUUUUUUUUUUAUACCAAAGAUUUUUUUUUAAGUGAACAACUGACUAACUACUUAAAAACUGACUUACUUCUUACUAACUGGUGCUAUAUCAUUACUGUUUUGUUUCAGUGCUAAGGUGUUUUCAUUUCAUAAGUGGAAAAUGUAUAAAUUGACUAUAUAUUCAUUCAUUACUUUUGCAUAUCAUAUGAUUCGGCUUAAUGUAUACUUGUAUAUUUAAAUCCAAACAAGCUGCUGAAAGGGUAGAAGUAUGUGCUUGUAAAAAAUCUCACUAGUUACGCUGAUUUGGACUUUCCAUCAAUUCUUACGUGUUUACAUCUAUCCACAGCUGCAGUUACCAGUAUAUGAUAUAUAUAAUAAGCAUAUCUUUGAGAAAUGUCUUAAAUACUGGACAUCCAGCUGGCUUAUGGAAGGUCAGUGGUUCUACCCAGGUACCUGCCCAUAAUGAAAUCAUGCCCGGAGGGGCUCAUGAGGUCUUCCUCCGUCAUCAGAGCUGGACAGUAGCCUUAUGACCUAUAAUUGUGUUGAUGCAAUGUUAAAUCCAACAAAACAAACAAACUGUUAACAAACUUAAUAAUGAUUGCUGAUAAUAGAUGUUGCUACCUGUUUUUAACAUUCUGAAAGGCUAAUGGACAUUGGCAGACUGGCUUUUGACAAAAGUAAUUAACUAGAAUCAUUUUUAUAAAUGUCUAGAUUCAGUAUUCUAGGAUAUGUUUACCCAAGGAUUUUUCCCCUUAUAUUGCAAAUAAUCAGGGUUGCUAUAUGAUUCAUUUACAUAGUUAUGAUGGUAGACGCUCCUUGUGCCAGUUUUAUACAAGACAUUAUAUUGUCUCAAAAUGCUACAUGACUGCAGUCAGUGCUAUUUGUAUUUUUAACAGUGAUCAUUGAGAAUAAAAUUUAAUUCAUGAUAUCUAUAAUGGGGGUAUUAGCAGGUAAUUUUGCAAUUGUGGGAACAUAAAGCUUUUGUUAUUAGGUGUAUUGGAUGUUAAAGUUUACAAAAUACACUGGAUUAAUUAAGUUUUAAAGAUAUUUGUGUGCAAUACAAGGUUGCUUAGUAGGAAUACAAGACUGUUGUUUAUAUAAUUUUAUAUGUAUAUGCAUGUAUGAUUUAUUAUAUUGGAAAGUUUUUAGGGAGUUUGGAGAAAUGUUGGCGUUUUUUAUUAGCUCACCUGAGCACUAAGUGCUCGGGGUGGGCUAUUGUGAUCGUUUACUGUCCGGCGUCCGCCGCCUGUCCGUCACACUUUCCUUUAAACAACAUCUCCUCUGAAACCAUUUGGUGGAAGUUCAUGAAACCUGGUCUGGAUGUUCAUUCGGUGGUCCUCUUCCAAAGUUGUCAUGUGGUUCCACUUUGUUGCACAUAGGGGCCACCAGGGCUAAAAAUAGAAAAAUCUUUUAACCUUAUAAUAUGUAAUCCUCUACCAAGAUUGUUCAAAUUAUCCUGAUUCGUCAAAAAACAUGGCCACCAGGGGAUGUGGGAAUUUUUUCCUAUAUGUAUAUAUUGGAAUCUUCUUGUAUGAAACAGCAGGUUCGAUUUUGAAAUAAUUUCACACAAAUGGUCCUUGUGUGACUCUAUCAAGACUGUUCAAAUAAUUUUGAUUCGUCAAAAAACAUGGCUGCCAGGGGGUGAGGUCACUUUUCCCUAUAUGUGUAUAAUGGAAACUUCAAAAAUCUUGUAGGAAACUGCUGGCCUGAUUUUAAAAUAAUUUCACGUAAAUGGUCCUUGAGUGACCCUCUACCAAGGAUGUUCAAAUAAUUCAGAUUUGUCGAAAACAUUGUUGCCAGUCUUCCCUAUAUGUGUAUAUUGUAAACUUUAAAAAUGUUCUUGUCAGAAAUAGCAGGUCCAAUUUUAAUAUGAUUGUCAGAAACUGCUGGCCCUUUACAAAGAUUGUACAAAUAAACUGUUCCAUUAUAAUUUCAUAGACAUUUUCCAUGCAUAAUUAUCUUCCAAAACUGUUGAAGUAAGCAAUGUAUCUCAGGUGAGCCAACUAGGGCCACCAUGGCCCUCUUGUUCAUUCUUUGACCACAUUUUACAGAAAAUUAGUUCGUUUUUGCUGUACUAGAUCCAUAUUGAACCAUACUGAAUUGUGUAUGAUGUCAGCUUUCUGCAUGAUAUUGUUUGGCAAUGGGCAGUAGACACCAGUCACAAAAAUGGAAAAUCUAUUCUGGCUUUAAAAUGAUUCUGACUUACAUAUUUUGCAGAUAUAAAGAGAAAACUCUCAUGCAGAUGUCUAAAGAUUCUGAGCACAACCUUACAUAAGUUUAGUGAAAUGUGGUCUCAGAAUGUAUUUGUUUGCUGUUUAAUGAUUUGAGAUUAUUUAAACAUUUUAUAUGUUUUUUUUUAUAAAUGUUAGUUUUAUUUUAUUCACUUUUUACCUGUUUAUAACUUGCAUGCUUUUGCUUUAUCUUGAUAACUUUUGUAUUGUUGCUGCUCAUAGGCUAGGUUUAUAAUAUUUUGAUCUUAUAAAUUUAUUGUAUCAAAACAGGGUACCCAACUACAUAUUGGUAAAGUAAUUUUACUUUAUUUUUGAAAAAUAGCUUUGUGUUUACAGAUCAAGUGAAAUUUUUCCAUUUCCUGAAAUACAGUCAGUGAGUCUGCUAUUAAACAUAAAAGGUAUACCAAUAUUGUAGAAAAAAAUCCAAUGAAAGAGUGAUAAAACAAAUUUAGAUUUUAUGUACACACACUGGGAGAUUAUUUUGUUCAUAGUCUGCAGUGCUUUUAGAGUUGUUAAAAUCACAAGGUGGAAAUUCUGUCAGUUUAUACUAAGACUGCUUAACAGGACAUUUUCAAGAUAAUUAUCUUUUAAAGGCACUGGCCUCCAGAUUUUGGCUAAAGAAUGAUCUUUUGAUAUUGAAGUUUGGUCAUAAUAUGAACACAAGUUUUUGUUUCUAAACAAUCUUUAAAGUGCUAAAUCAAGAAAAAAACAAUACCGGUAACCUAGUCAGGAAUCGAAACUGGGUGGCUGCGGCAAUAAACAUUUUUGUGUGAUCUUGACCAGUAUACCAUGGAGGAAUACGUAUGUAAUGGUUGUUAAAUAUAAAGCUUUAUAAUUUAAUAAGGCAUUUUACCUACCCCUUUAAAAAUGCUUUUCAAUUCAGAAUGGAAAAAUUAGUAAAAACAACUUAUAAUCUGGCAGUACCUAAAUUUCAAGGCCUUCUUAAAAAUAUAUCAAUAAUUUUCUGACAUUUGAAAAUAAAUCUUUUUUGGUUGUUCGAUCUGGAGGUCAGUGCCUUUAACAAACAUUAUUAACAUUAACUGCCAUUCAUUUUUGAGCACCAGCUCUAUUUUAAUAUUUCAAAAAUUGUAGUUUUCUCAUAGUAAAACAAUUACCAAAGAAAGAAAGGAUGAAUUUGUUGUAGUUUUGUAACACAAAUAGUAUUUAUUAUGCAGUUUUCACGUCUUAUCUGCUUUAUAUUGUGUAUUGUAUUGACCCUAUGCAAUAAAGUAUUUUGUUAUCAA